CCGCCGCCGCCUCCGGCUCCUCGCUCGGCCCCUCUCCGCCUCCAUGUGCCGGAUAGUGGGAGCGCCGCGGACCCUGCUGCCGCUGCUGGCGGCCCUGCUUCAGGCGUCUGUAGAGGCUUCUGGUGAAAUCGCAUUAUGCAAGACUGGAUUUCCUGAAGAUGUUUACAGUGCAGUCUUAUCGCAGGAUGUGCAUGAAGGACAGCCUCUUCUCAAUGUAAAAUUCAGCAACUGCAAUGGGAAAAGGAAAGUACAGUAUGAAAGCAGUGAGCCAGCAGAUUUUAAGGUGGAUGAAGACGGCAUGGUGUAUGCCGUGAGAAGCUUUCCCCUCUCCUCCGAGCAUGCGAAGUUCCUGAUUUAUGCCCAAGACAAAGAGACUCAGGAAAAGUGGCAAGUAGCAGUAAAAUUGAGCCUCAAGCCAACCUUACCUGAGGAUGCAGUGAAGGAAUCACAAGAAAUUGAAGAAAUAGUAUUCCCAAGACAAGCGACUAAGCACAAUGGCCACCUACAAAGGCAGAAGAGAGACUGGGUUAUCCCUCCAAUCAACUUGCCAGAAAAUUCCAGAGGACCUUUUCCUCAAGAGCUUGUCAGGAUCAGGUCCGAUAGAGAUAAAAACCUUUCACUACGGUAUAGCGUGACGGGGCCAGGAGCUGACCAGCCUCCGACUGGUAUCUUCAUUAUCAACCCCAUCUCAGGCCAGCUGUCAGUAACCAAGCCUCUGGACCGUGAGCUGAUAGCCCGGUUUCAUUUGAGGGCACACGCAGUGGAUAUUAACGGGAACCAAGUGGAGAACCCCAUUGACAUUGUCAUCAAUGUUAUUGAUAUGAACGAUAACAGACCAGAGUUCUUACACCAGGUUUGGAAUGGGACAGUUCCUGAGGGGUCCAAGCCCGGGACAUACGUGAUGACAGUCACUGCUAUUGAUGCUGAUGAUCCAAACGCCCUAAACGGGAUGUUGAGGUACAGAAUCCUGUCCCAGGCUCCAAGCACCCCUUCGCCCAACAUGUUUACAAUCAACAAUGAGACUGGUGAUAUUAUCACCGUGGCAGCUGGACUUGAUAGAGAAAAAGUGCAACAGUAUACGUUAAUAAUUCAAGCUACAGACAUGGAAGGCAAUCCCACAUACGGCCUUUCAAACACAGCUACGGCUGUCAUCACGGUGACAGAUGUCAAUGACAAUCCUCCAGAGUUUACUGCUAUGACAUUCUAUGGCGAGGUCCCUGAAAACAGGGUAGAUGUCAUAGUAGCUAAUCUAACUGUGACCGAUAAGGAUCAGCCCCAUACGCCGGCCUGGAAUGCCAUGUACAGAAUCAGCGGCGGGGAUCCCACAGGGCGAUUUGCCAUUCAGACAGACCCGAACAGCAAUGACGGCUUAGUCACUGUCGCCAAACCAAUUGACUUUGAAACAAAUAGGAUGUUUGUCCUUACUGUUGCUGCUGAAAAUCAAGUGCCAUUAGCCAAGGGUAUUCAGCACCCACCUCAGUCAACUGCAACCGUGUCUGUCACAGUUAUUGAUGUGAAUGAAAACCCUUAUUUUGCCCCAAAUCCCAAGAUCAUUCGCCAAGAAGAAGGCCUUCAUGCUGGUACCAUGUUAACAACAUUUACUGCUCAGGAUCCUGAUCGAUAUAUGCAGCAAAAUAUUAGAUACACAAAAUUAUCUGAUCCUGCCAAUUGGCUAAAAAUAGAUCCUGUGAAUGGGCAAAUAACAACAAUUGCUGUUUUGGACAGAGAAUCACCAAAUGUGAAAAAUAAUAUAUAUAAUGCCACUUUCCUUGCUUCUGACAAUGGAAUCCCCCCUAUGAGCGGAACGGGAACCCUGCAGAUCUAUUUACUUGAUAUUAAUGACAAUGCCCCUCAAGUGUUACCUCAAGAGGCAGAGACUUGCGAAACUCCAGACCCCAAUUCAAUUAACAUCACAGCACUUGAUUAUGACAUCGAUCCAAAUGCUGGACCAUUUGCUUUUGAUCUUCCUUUGUCUCCAGUGACUAUUAAGAGAAAUUGGACCAUCACUCGGCUUAAUGGUGAUUUUGCUCAACUUAAUUUGAAGAUAAAAUUUCUGGAAGCUGGGAUAUAUGAAGUUCCAAUCAUAAUCACAGAUUCGGGUAAUCCUCCCAAGUCAAAUAUAUCCAUCCUUCGCGUGAAGGUCUGCCAGUGUGACUCCAAUGGGGACUGCACCGAUGUGGACAGAAUUGUGGGUGCAGGGCUUGGCACAGGAGCCAUUAUCGCCAUCCUCCUUUGCAUCAUCAUCCUGCUCAUCCUCGUUCUGAUGUUUGUGGUAUGGAUGAAACGCCGGGAUAAAGAGCGCCAGGCCAAGCAACUUUUAAUUGAUCCAGAAGAUGAUGUAAGAGAUAAUAUUUUAAAAUAUGAUGAAGAAGGUGGAGGAGAAGAAGAUCAGGAUUACGACUUGAGCCAGCUGCAGCAGCCUGAUACCGUGGAACCUGAUGCCAUUAAGCCUGUAGGAAUCCGACGACUGGACGAGAGACCCAUCCAUGCCGAGCCCCAGUACCCAGUCCGAUCUGCAGCCCCGCACCCUGGGGACAUCGGGGACUUCAUUAAUGAGGGCCUUAAAGCUGCUGACAAUGAUCCCACCGCUCCGCCAUACGACUCCCUCUUAGUCUUUGACUAUGAAGGCAGCGGCUCCACCGCUGGGUCCUUGAGCUCUCUUAAUUCCUCAAGUAGUGGUGGCGAGCAGGACUAUGACUACCUGAACGACUGGGGGCCACGCUUCAAGAAACUUGCUGACAUGUAUGGUGGAGGUGAUGACUGAACUUCAGGGUGAACUUGGUUUUUGGACAAGUACAAACAAUUUCAACUGAUAUUCCCAAAAAGCAUUCAGAAGCUAGGCUUUAACUUUGUAGUCUACUAGCACAGUGCUUGCUGGAGGCUUUGGCAUAGGCUGCAAACCAAUUUGGGCUCAGAGGGAAUAUCAGUGAUCCAAUACUGUUUGGAAAAACACUGAGCUCAGUUACACUUGAAUUUUACAGUACAGAAGCACUGGGAUUUUAUGUGCCUUUUUGUACCUUUUUCAGAUUGGAAUUAGUUUUAUGUUUAAGGCUUUAAUGGUACUGAUUUCUGAAACGAUAAGUAAAAGACAAAAUAUUUUGUGGUGGGAGCAGUAAGUUAAACCAUGAUAUGCUUCAAUACGCUUUUGUUACAUUGCAUUUGCUUUUAUUAAAACACAGAAUUAAACAAACACAAAACAAAAACUCAUGGAGCGAUUUUAUUAUCUUGGGGGAUGAGACCAUGAGAUUGGAAAAUGUACAUUACUUCUAGUUUUAGACUUUAGAUUUUUUUUUCACUAAAAUCUUAAAACUUACGCAGCUGGUUGCAAAUAAAGGGAGUUUUCAUAUCACCAAUUUGUAGCAAAAUUGAAUUUUUUCAUAAACUAGAAUGUUAGAUACAUUUUGGUCUUAAUCCAUGUACACUUUUUUUAUUUACUGUAUUUUUUCCACUUCACUGUAAAAAUGGUAUGUGUACAUAAUGUUUUAUUGGCAUAGUCUAUGGAGAAGUACAGAAACUUCAGAACAUGUGUAUGUAUUAUUUGGACUAUGGAUUCAGGUUUUUUGCAUGUUUAUAUCUUUCGUUAUGGAUAAAGUAUUUACAAGACAAAGUGACAUUUGAUUCAAUUGUUGAGCUGUAGUUAGAAUACUCAAUUUUUAAUUUUUUAAUUUUUUUUUUAUUUUUUAUUUUCUUUUUUGUUUGGGGAGGGAGAAAAG